UGUGAUUGAAGAUGUACGACCAACUCAGAGUUGGAUUCCUAAACUCGGCGCUGGAAGUGUCAGAGUUCUCUGAAGGAGGAAAUUUGGUCGUCAUGGCGUCUGGUUUCUCUCCCGUGGGAGACAUCCAGGUGUUCCUGCAGUACAUCAAUGGAACUGCUAGAGUUGGAGAGGACGUGGGGGUGGAAGCGAGGAGUGUGACACUGGAUCGAGAAACUCUGUCUGCUGUUGUUCCAAUCUUCCCACUGUUUGACAGCCUCUACGAGGCAGAGCGGGAGUUCUUCACUGUCAGAAUUGUGGACGUGGUGGGAGGCGUAAUUGACCCGGAGAGAGACACGGCCACUGUGGCUGUCAUCGAUAAUACCUUUUUGAGUGUUGGAGGAUUUGUCCGGGACACGUCAGAGGGUGCUGGUCGGGCGUUUGUGGAGUUCUUUAUAGAUGGCACCAAUGCUGUCCCACUGACUCUCCUCUUUACCGCCACCACUACCUCUGAAGGUGCUGGUUUUGCAACUGCUGGAGAGGAUUUCACGGAGCUGGUUGAUGUACCAGUUGUGGUAGAGCCAGGUGGCCUGUUUCCUAACGUUUCAAUCACCAUCAUUAACGACCUGAUCACCGAGUUUCCUGAGCAACUCCAAUAUUUCAUCAGGACCGAAAUGCCCCGCAUCGACAUUUCUGGAAGAGGCCGGACAUUCAGUAUUCUAGAUGAUGACUUUGUUAGGUUGGCGUUCAACCAGAUGUUAGCCACGGUCAGUGAGGGUGACGGGGAGAUAGGGUUCUCUCUGGCAGUGGUAGAGGGCUCUCUGGGAGUUGACUAUAGCCUGAAUGUGUCAUCCACUGAUAGUCAGAACGGAGGGGCUGAUGCCGGGAGCGACUUUAUUCCCAUCAAUGAAAUGUUUGUCCUCACCUUUGAGACAACUACAGUGUCGUUUGCUAUCACAAUCAUUGACGAUGAGGUCCCGGAGGAAGCGGAGUCUUUCACAUUUGGAGUGAUACCACCACAGAUUGAAGGUCUUGGAGUGUUACUUCCCGAGCAAGCGGUGGUUGUGAUUGAAGAUGACGACCAACUCAGAGUUGGUUUCCAGACUACAACUCUGACUGCUCUGGAGUCUGAAGAGAUUGUCAAUGUCCAAAUAGUUGUCUCUGGACCUUCUCCUCCUUUUCUACAAAUGAAGUGGUCGUCACAGUCUCAUUGUUGAACGACACAUUCACAGCUUUUCAAGGCCUUGAUGUUGGUCCCGACGUAACCGUAAUUGGACCAACAAACAUUACUCUGGACCGCGAGAUCUCAAGUGGAAGUCUCUUGUUCUCUGUUAAUCCUGAUGAUCUCUACGAGCGCUCCGAAGAGGUUGUGAUGUUCAGAAUUGUGGGAGUGACAGGGGCGCAGAUUGAUCCCGAGAGGGAUCUGCUCACUGUCACCAUCCUCGAUGGAGAUCAGAUAUUUUUGGGUAUAAGUGUACCUGAGACGAGAGAGAAUGACUCUGCAGUGCUGGAAAUGUUCAUCGAGGGUUUCAGUGAAAUUCCCGUCACGGUUCUUGUCUCUACUGUGAACACAUCCACUGGUGCUCCUGCUACUGAGGGUGAAGACUACGAGCCACUGGUGCUCUUCCCAGUCACCCUUCCUGCCACAGAGUUUUUCACCUCGGUGGCUCUGGACAUUAUCAUCAAUGACACCUUCACUGAGGCUCUUAGGGAGAACGUGGGGCUGGUCUUCAUUACCGACCUCCCAAGAAUCGAGUUGGACGCUCCAAAUAUCCUAACUAUCCUUGAUGAUGACCCUCUGGUGGUUGGUUUCAGCCAGGCCCAGUACAUCGUGCAGCAGUUCCAGCUGAAUGUCUCGGUCUCAGUGGAGAUCUCCUCUGGAGUACUGGCAGAGGGCGUGGUCCUGGCUCUCAACUUCAGGACUCAAGAUCGCGAGGAGAACAACCCGGCCAAUGCUGGUGAAGACUAUGAACCAGUAUCAACUCUCAUUGAGUUUACUCAAAGUCAGACACGAGUGGAGGUAGCAAUCCAGAUAUUCUUUAGUGAGAUUUUCGAGCCUGAUGAGCGAUUUGAGGCAGUCCUCAAUCUUCCCGACAACUCACUGAUAUUUCCAAUUCUGGAUCCAAAUGUUGCUGUCGUUACCAUCCGUGGCUCUGAACCUCAAUAGUCAAGCGGAUAAACAAUUAUGUACGUAUGGACAAAUUGACAACUUGCGUCAGUUGAUUUUUACUGCUCUUGAUAACUAGUAUGUAACUAUGGUGUUAUGUGUAGAUUACUUUAUGGUAGAACAGUCAUUAAUUUGUUGCUCAAAGUUACGACGUGAAGUGGAAACGGGGAAUCAGACAAACAGAGACGAGAAUGUUUUCUCUAACAGUUAGCUAUAAUUAUUAUACAUAGAAAAUCCAGAGAGGCUAUGGUAGCAUUUCUUCACGGUAGAU